CUCCUUUUCUCUUUCACUCCCUCUCUCCUACUCCACAUGCACUCCACUUACUGACUGAAGUCAGGAACUUUUCUUCUUGCACUUCUUGCAGUCUACAAUAACCUCUGUUGUAUUCCCUGCCAAUAUCAGAUUAUCAGUUUGUACUUUGCUGUGUAUAAAAGAAACCGGAUGAAGCAAUCAGCUCACAGCACUGCAGACGUGUCUGAGUGAGGCUGCUGUUACAACACUGAGGAGUGCGCUUUAUUAUAAUCGCAGACUCCAACACGAAGAUGUUUCAGGAACAUACUCGGGAGGUUCUCCAUCAAGUGGACGCAAAAAAAAAUCUCACCCCCCAUGGAGAUUUAACUGAAAAGGUGGAUCUCCUGACACUGGUCAAAAAGAAGAGGAACUCAGUUUUUCCCUCUGAGUAUGAAGUGAUGUCUCUCACUCUUGGUGAUCUUAUCCCAGCAUUCGCUGGAUUCUCUGAGUUUGAAGAAACAACCCUCAUCAAGGAUUACAAGCACACUGGCCUGAUCUCUGGGAGGGCCGGCAUACGAGGAGGUGUUGACAUGGCUUCAGCUGGAGUCAGUGCAGGAGCACUCAGACACAGAGAGACUUCAUCUGUCGACAUUAAUGCAAAGACAGCAAACUUAAGCAAGAUGAGGGAGAUAUGUCUUGGCCAGAAGAUAAACCAUGUCCACAUGCCAACACUGAGGAAGGGAGAGGUGUUGGGUUUUGUAGAUAAGAUUGUGUUCAACACAAACGACGUCCCACUCCGUGGAAGAACUGAAGUGGACGGCUCCUGUGAAGCACGUUGGAACAUAAUGAAUUUCUCUCUGAAGGCCAAGAUGAAGGACAACAGUUCCUAUACUGUACCAGCAGGACACAUUUAUGGCUACAGGUUCAAUGAGAUCAAAUUCAAGGAAGAGGAGGACGUCGAAUUUACUUGCAGGUCUCACAUUGAGUAUGUUGGUGGUAAAGCGGAGGAACAGCCUCUCAGCCCUCCCAGUCCGAUAAGAUUGGUAGAAAAAGCCCUGGAACCAGAAACAUUUGAACCUGACGACUCUACUGAAGAGACCCUGGAGACCCUGCAACAAGUGCGAGACGAGUUACUGAUGACAGAAACUGUUCUCCAGCCACUGGCUCAUCUUCCCCGGGUGACUCGUUUCACUUUGUUCCAGAGUCUCAGUGCGCUCUCAGAGGACAGAGACGCUCUGACUCUUCUGAAGAAAAAGCUGGAUCAGUGGCGUGCAGGUGAGCCUCUUGAGCAGCCUCAAUCCUGGUCGGUGUGUUCUGUUCUUCAUCUGCUCAGUGGCUUCGCAACCCCACCCUUACAAAUAGGACCUCGUACGACUGACUUGACGCUGGAAGCUGUUUACCUGCUGGUCAGCGCAAUGGACAAACUGCCAGAACAUGUGACAUCACUGAUCGCCAAGAACCCCCAUGAGAAACUGAAAGGCCUCAACCAACUGGUGAGCAGCCUGAUGGAGAACGGUCAGGCUCAUCUCUCUGAGUCUCUGCCUGCUGCUCUGCAGGAUGGAGGGCAGCUCCACUGGCUCGCCGUGUUCCUCUGCUCCUCCGAUGAGUCCCUGAGAGAGCCGUCUGAGCAGACGAUAGUGGCAGGAGAUGAACCGGGAGUGCUGCUGUUGGCCCUGUGUGUUGCUGUACGGGGACUCAGCAUGUUGCGGCAGUAGAAUUACGCUGACCUGUUGCUUAGUCUUAUAGCUGCAGUUAUUAUGAUGGGAGACAAAAGGAUUCUGGGUACAUUUAUGUGUCCUGCAUUUAGGACCACUGGGAGUCAAAGUAAUGGUCAGACUAAAUUGUCUUUGUGUUCAUCACCUGUUCUGUAUUUUGAUCCUG